GCAAGGGCCUGCGCGGCUCCCGGCCGGCUCCCGCGCCUCGGGCGGGCGGGGCCGAGGGGGCGGCCGGGAGCCCGCUGAGCCGCGGGGCGCCAACCGCCGCCCAACUCCCCUCAGCAACUCGGGAGGGAGGCGGCGCGGCCGUUCCCUCGCCCGGCGCGGCCCGGCCCCUUCUCCCCCGGGCGCCGCCCCUCUCCGCGCCGCCUGUGAGUCAGGGCUUUGCCGGGCACGGGCGGCAGCCGCGGCCGGAGCGGGCUCGCAGCCUCCGCCGCGGGGGGCUCCAUGGAGAAGGCGGCAGCGGUGAGCGAGGGCGGCGGUAGCAACAGCAGCAGCCGCAGCAGCAGCCGCCCCACGUCGGCGGGCUCGUCUCCCUCGUCCUCCUCAGCCAGCCGCGGGUUGCCGGGCCGGGCGGCGGCCGCGGGGAGGCUGGAUGGAGGCGGGGGGGCCGGCGGCGGCAGCAGCAGCCCCGGCUCGGCGGCGGCCAGCCCGGGGGGCGCGCAGGCGCCCGGUGGCGGUGGCAGGCGGCGGGAACCGGUGCUGGAAGGGACGCUCAGCAAAUACACCAACCUCCUGCAGGGCUGGCAGAGCAGGUACUUUGUGCUGGACUUUGAGACGGGGAUUCUGCAGUAUUUCGUGAAUGAACAAAGUAAAAACCAGAAGCCACGAGGAACCUUGUCUUUAGCUGGAGCUAUAAUAUCGCCCAGUGAUGAAGUGCCACACAUGUUGGUGGUCUACUCUGCUAAUGGAGAGAUGUAUAAAUUGAGAGCUGCUGAUGCAAAGGAGAAACAGUACUGGAUAACUCAGCUUCGAUCCUGUGCCAAACAUCACAAGGAAGGUAAUUCUAAGAGCAUUUCAUCCUCGCGAAGUAGAAGCUCAUCUCUGCUGCCGCCUGGGACAGUUAAUUCUGCAUCUCCUAGUGGCCAGAAACAUAUGAAUCAAAGUGGUCCAACUGUUGUAACCAUCACACACCACAAAUCACCUGCAGCUGCUCGAAGAGCGAAGAGCCAACGUUCUGGUCAACUCCAUGAAGUCAGAGAGAUCAUGAGCCAAGUUGAGGGACAACAGAAGAAUCUUGUACAAGCCAUUGAAGCUCUCCCAAGUUCUGGCCCCCUUUCUGCCUUGGAUCAGGACUUGCUGCUUUUAAAAGCUACCUCUGCUGCCACCCUGAGCUGCCUUGGAGAAUGCCUAACUCUGUUACAGCAAAGCAUGCAUCAAGUGGGCCAGCAUCAUAACAGGACACUGUCGUCAGAAGGUAUCCUGGGAUGGCCUGGGCCCAAGUCACACUCCACAGAGCAACUGAAAAAUGGUGCCCUCAGCUCCUUAUCAUCUGCUAGUGCCAACAUUACAUGGGCAAUAGUACCAUCUGCAGCCCAGGAUGGACAGGCGCUGCAGCCAAAUACAGAGCAUUCAGCUUCUGAGUUGAUCCUAGUUGAAGAAGAAAUGACAGAUACUGAAGAUAACGAAGAGGAGGAUUUAGGAGUCAUGGAUGAUCAACGUAGUGUAAUUCUCCAUCUCAUCUCUCAACUCAAACUUGGCAUGGACCUUACCAGGGUAGUGCUUCCAACAUUUAUUUUGGAGAAAAGAUCCCUGCUGGAGAUGUAUGCAAAUUUCAUGGCCCAUCCAGACCUGUUUUUGUCAAUUGCAGCUGGAGCCACUCCCGAGGAAAGAAUUAUCUGCUUUGUGGAGUAUUAUCUAACAGCUUUUCACGAAGGCCGAAAGGGAGCGGUUGCCAAGAAGCCCUAUAACCCUAUAAUUGGUGAAACGUUUCAUUGCUCGUGGGAUGUGCCUAAAGAUAAAGUGAAAGCAUUCAGAACUAAUGGUGCCUCCACGGUUUCUAAGGACCCAACCAAGGAGCUUGGCCAGGACCAGUCCACGUGCUACAAGCUGAGGUUUGUAGCUGAACAAGUGUCCCAUCAUCCACCGGUAUCUUGCUUCUACUGUGAGUGCAAAGAGAAGAAAAUGUGCGUCAACGCUCACGUAUGGACCAAAAGCAAGUUUAUGGGCAUGUCAAUAGGUGUCUCUAUGGUAGGUGAAGGUGUUCUUUACUUGAUGGAACAUGAAGAAGAGUAUGUUUUCACCCUGCCUAGUGCCUAUGCUCGCUCGAUACUUACCAUCCCAUGGGUGGAGCUUGGAGGGAAAGUCAACAUCAAUUGUGCCAGAACGGGCUAUUCUGCCACCGUCACCUUCCACACCAAGCCGUUCUACGGCGGGAAGGUCCACAGGGUUACGGCCGAAGUGAAACACAAUCCCACCAACACCAUUGUAUGCAAGGCACAGGGAGAAUGGAACGGGACGCUGGAAUUUACUUACAGCAACGGAGAAACCAAAGUGAUCGACACUAGCAAACUGCCUGUUAUCAGGAAAAAGAUUAGGCCGAUAGCAAAGCAAGGCCCGCUGGAAUCAAGGCACCUUUGGCAACACGUCACCAAUUCUCUGAAAGAAGGUAACAUCGACGCAGCGACAGAACACAAGCACCGCCUUGAAGAGAGGCAGCGAGCGGAGGAGAGGCAACGGGUGGCUCUCACAACCCCGUGGAAACCAAAAUAUUUUGCCAAAGAGGGCGAUGGUUGGCUGUACUUGAAUCCUCUCUGGAAGACCCACUGACGGGACAGAGCAGUUGCCUCAUAACUUUACCUUAAAGGCAUUGAAAUGAUACAGUAUAUAACUUCAAGACACAAACGAGAAGCUAUAUAUACUGUGAAUGAUGCAUCUCAAAAUAACCACAAGCUCACGUUUAUUCAGGAGCCAUUUUGUGUGUAUGGGUACACAAACACACGCGCACACGUCCAUAUAUACACACAUAUGUACACGCAGUGUGUAUGUGCCUGUGUGUGUAUUAUUUACACUACAUGUAAACAAGUAUAAACACUAAUGGCGAUUUACAGACCUUUUUCCUCUAAGUGUUAGGGCACAGAACUCCGGCUGGACUCAGCUGGGGUUCCCCGAGUUGUGUGCUUGCAGGAUCAGGCCCUAUGCUAGUAUUUAAGAAAAUACUUUUUUAUUAGUACCGGUUAAGGUUUUUCUAUUUUUCACUUUUGCCAAAAAUGUUUUGCACUUAAAACGUGACGCGUCACUUAAUGGCAGCCGUUCUGUCUAAACAGUCACUCACUUUGACGUAAGAAUGAUACACUGACAGCGCGCGCGCGCUCGCUCUCCGGGAUGCUGAUUUAAGAGCAUGUUCCCUGUCACUUACGAGUGUGAAUUUUCUGCCAUCUUAUAAGAAGUAGCAAUACCUUCUCCAGAACGUUGUUGGCACUAACCUGUUGCGUCCUCACUUGUUUGUUUGUUCGUAUUUCCAGCUGUUGAGUGGACCCGUGGUCACCAGUCAGCCAGCUGCUCUGCUCAUUUCCAUCUCGCUGCUGAAUGUUCUCUGGCUGCUCUCAUGCCGAUGCUUUUGGGUUACGUGUCCCGCUAAAUCCCUUCUGGCCGAUGUAGCUGGUGGCGUUUCCAGCUCACUCUUGCCUCAGCUUUCCACCCCCACGUAAAAAACCCAAACCACUGCUGGUGUGUUCAUGCUAAAAAAGCCCAGCCGUGCGCUGAGGGGGGUGAGGUGGGACAGGAGACCUGUCCUCCUGUGCCGCUGCGGUGGGCGUCAGCCGCCCCCACCAGCCGAGAGGCGGGUUCCGUACACUGCUCCGGGAAAUCAGAGCGAGCUCCUCUGGUCAGAGCCCUUAAUUCUGUGGUAAGGCUCCGAGCAGACACGUGUUGUGAUUUCUUGUGCUUUUGGCCCCGUUGUUUGCUCCUGGAUGCGAUAUUUGGAUGAAUAGAGAUGACGUAACGAGCCUCCUCAGAUGAAUGAUUUUCUGAUGCAAAAGUAGAUACGAUUUUAGUAAAGUAUUACACUGAGACAAUUACCUUUUAUUAAUGAAAUGGGAUAUAAUUUGUUCCGUAAACUAAAAAGAAGUAGGCAAACAAUGCUGUAGCUUGAUCUUGCUUUGUAAGGUAACCACUGCGACACCAGGAAAGUGGAUUCUAAAAGGGUGUUAAGGCUUUGUCGCUUUUUAGUUCCCGUUUGUUGCAAGUGAAGGUGUUUUUGAGAGAAGGGGCAACAAAAGGCAAAUGGAAAAUGUGCUGACUUCUGCUCAGCGCUGCUUUCUACAGUGCCCCGGAAAGAAACCGCUCUCGUUUCUCACGUACAGUAGCAUGGAUGCCUACCUUCUCUAGUACGGAUUAAUUUUGUGCCUUUUGUCUGCUUUCUUAAUACAAUAACUUAGGCUUUAUAGGUAUUACACAAAUAUAUUUAGGUCAAAGCACUGCUUAUAUCUGUUCUUGUGCGUCCUGCAUUUUAUAGUUAUUAUUUUUGGUAGAUGUUAAAAAUCUCUUGAGCAACUAACAAGGCCAAACGGAGGCGUGUACACAAGGAAACAUAAUAUUUAAUAGAUCUUCACAUUUGAACUUCAGUUCCCUGUUUAAUGAGGGUGUGGCUCCUUUUUCCUCCUAAAUGCUAUUCUGUCUUGCUUGUGUGUCCUUUUUUCUGCACAUUAGAAAGAUUCAUGUUAUAAAUGAUUUAAAUCCUAUUUUUUAAAAAAAAAGUGGACUUUAUGAGCUUGGUUUUGUAACUGACACUUUUUUUUUUUUUUAAAAAGGAGAAAAAAUUAUCUUAUUUUUAGGAAUAGUUGAUGUUUUUCUGUAACAAAACCAAAAUGAUGCUGUCACAGUAAUCACUGAAGUACUACCAAGCAUCAUCAGGAAAACGCGUACUUUGAUCACCUGCAGGAAUUAACUUUAUAACGGCUCCGCUCUUGUUCUAGAGGUUAGUCUGACAAGUAACUAGAAGUAUUCACGCAGUUUGUAAUACCAUCACAAAGAGCAAUUGAGAAUUGCAGAGUUAAACACGUGGAACAUCCUCCCAGAACUUUUGACUUUCACGCACCAAAGAACAAGCCACAUACUCCCUAAAAAUAGCCAUUGAAAACCUCUCUCUGUGGCAGGCGCGCGGGCCUGCGCUCCUGAAAGAGUAGACCUCUUUCAGCUUUGAUGGUGGGACUGUCAAGGUGACAAAGAUGCUGUAACCGUUCUUUUAAGGAGAAAUUUGACUAAUUUUAUGCCUGUAAUUUAUUGAAGCUUUUUUCUGUCUGCAUGGUUGGUUGUUUCUGCAUGCCGAGAACGUUCCGCUUGUGCUCUGAGAAAUGUUUUGUUUUGUUCUGACGCUGUGACGAAUCCCCUGAUGCCAUCACCGCCCUUUCUUUCCCAAAGAAAUGAAAUGGGAGAGGCAAACAUGAAAAUGGUCCUUUCUGAAAAGAUCCCAUCAGCGAGAGAUUCCAGAACAAGAUUCACACGUCUCAUUUUAUUAAUUCUUUUUAUAGUUACGUGUUCAGUAUAUUUUACAGGACUGAAAAGUAAAUAUUCAUAAGCCUUAUUCUGUAGGUUGUUCCAAUAGCCGUCUUGGAUUUGCAAGUGAAUCUUUUCAAGUAGCCAAUGUACACUCUGAAUUGUAAUGUAAGAACCUCCAUGUACUUCAAUUUUUUUUUUAAUUUUUUUUUUUUGUGCACACCUGUAGAAAGCCUAUGCAACCUUUUUCUUUCUUAAAUUAGAAAUGUUCAGAAAGAAAGUUUAUACCUUUAUCAUUUAAAAGAUGCUCUGGCAGUCUCUUCUGAUUUGCCUUCCUUUCAUAAUUUGUGAAUUUAAAACGACAAAUGCUCAUGAAUAAAAGAUUUGUUUCAUUUAG